AUGGGUUUCAGGACUUUCCUGACAUUGGCGACCCUGGGGCUUGCGGCGGCGGAGAGUUCCGUUGUAUCGCUGUUCCUGAUCGGCAAUGAAAAUCCACAACCCCUUGUGGGCUCAAUUGUGGCAGUGGAUGACGAUACAACCACCUAUAGUAUCAAUUGCGCCAAGACCGUUGAUACCGACCACUGCGCAUUUCGCGCGGGCUUGCUAUAUACAGCGGGACCUUCAUCGAUUGAAUACGCGUUGAUUACCCCUUAUGACCGACGUUUUACGCUGAUCUGCUCUAUGGGCGGUACUACCUCUGCUGUCUGUACCGAUAUGAUGCCGACCACUGGCACUGCAGUGGCUGCGUACACGACGACUUUGGGCAAGGAAUACUUGAGUUCAGAGGGUGUAACAAUCAAUGCCGGUGCUACUAGAGCCGCGACUGGUUCUUCUGCUACGAAGACUGAUGACUCUUCCAAGGCCACCAACUCCGGGGACUCUACAUCACAGACGGCUAGCGGGUCAGCAUCAACCAGCACCGGCGGCAUUCCCCGUAUUACUGCAGUCCCUGGGAUCGCUUUGGGCGGUGCAGCUGCGGCACUUAUGGUGGCAGCUCUAUAA